AUGGCAGACCAGGUCGCCGCACGCAAGAUUCUCAGCGAGCUCUCGAAGCGCGAGGACCUCAAGAACAAAGUAUGCAGCGACUGCAACAAUCCUAACCCUCAGUGGGCCUCACUAAGUUUCGCCAUCUUCAUCUGUCUGCAAUGUGCUGGCGUUCAUCGCGGAUUUGGCGUGCACAUUAGCUUUGUGCGAUCGAUUUCAAUGGAUACCUGGCAGGAGGAGCAAGUAAGGCGGAUGCAACUCGGAGGGAAUCUGCCAUUCAAAGAGUUCAUGAAAUCCUACGAGCCACCUGACCUGGGAGGGUAUAAGCAAGGAGCUAGCCCGUAUGACACGUAUCACUGUUGGGCAGCUGCUCAGUACCGAGAAAAGCUCGACGCAAUGUUGGCAGACAAGGAUUGGUCACCUUCCGCACCUCCCGCAACCUUCAAUGCUGGGUCUCGAUCAGCUUCCCCGGCACCUUCUGCUCAGGGUCUUCGCAAGUCCCGAGCAUCAACCCGAACAUUUACUGGCCGAAGCGACUCGCACUCCCCAGCUUCCUCCUUCCGCAACUCUCCCACUGGGACACCCAGUAUCGGCACUGAUCAAAAAACGGCGAACGAAAAUUACUUUGCUGGACUCGGAAAAGCGAAUGAAAGCCGACCUGUUGACCUUCCACCCUCGCAGGGGGGUCGAUACACCGGCUUCGGAAGCACACCAACACCUGCGGCCGGUCAGCAUCCGUCAUAUGGACUUUCAUCUGCCAAUGCACCAACACUGAGCGAGCUCCAAGAAAAUCCCGUUGCGGCAAUUAGUAAAGGAUGGUCCUUGUUUGCAGCUGCAGUGGUUGGAGCCUCCAAAGUCGUCUCGGAGAACGUUAUCCAACCCGGAGUAGAAAAGGUCACCGACCCCAACUUCCAGGCCAGUGUGAAAGGCUAUAUGACUGAGGCUCAGAGGAGAGCUGCCGAGGUCGGAGGGGCCGCGAACCAGUGGUCGAAGAACCAACUCGGUGUGGAUGUGGCCGAUACAGUUGGAGGAGUGGUCGGGUCCGUAAGAGACCGUGUUGCAGGACCCUCUCGUUCGGGUUAUGGGUCUCUUGCUCUGAGAAGUCCCAAUGACAUGGAUGAAUCUUCAGGGCUUUAUUCACCCGACGAUGACAAUCUUUUCACUGAGUAUCGUCAAUCGCCUGUCACGACGACUUCUGCUGCACCAGCUGCUAUCACAUCUACAAAAGCCAAAGCCCCAGAAACGAAAAAGAACGAGUGGGACGACGACUGGAAAGACUUCUAG